AUGGCAAACAUGGAGCAAUUAGACGCAUUGCUGCAGUCUUUGCAGGCUCUCAAGCCUCCAGGUGCAACCAAAGGAAAGAUCACUGCCAUCACAAAACUCUGCGGAGACAAUGUCCAGUCCGAAUCUGCAAUUACGCAAAAGCUCUAUAGGCAUCUCAAGAGAACCCCAGGAACCCACAAGCUUGGAGUUCUUUAUGUUGUAGACUCGGUGACCCGUCAAUGGAUUGAAAAGGCUCGUCAAUCAUCGCAGGAGUUGUCUGGAAGUGCUGCACCUGAAGGCACCUAUGCAUCAGGAGUGCAUAGAGUUACUGAACUUCUGCCAUCCCUGAUCGAUGAUACCAUCCAGAAUGCACCCCCUGACCACAAGGCAAAAGUAGAGAGUCUGGUGCAGAUUUGGGAGCGCGGCAACACGUUCCCUGCCUCUACUCUAACAGAGAUCAAGAAGAAGCUGGCUGAACCGUUGUUGCCUNCGACUACUCCUCCUGGCAGCCCUCCGCUCAGCAUGCUCGUUUCUCUGGGUCUCCGACAGGCUCCACCACCAUUGAGCGCACCUCAAGCAGCUCCUGUUGCCCAGGCGCAACCCGAUGCUUCGAGUAUUCUUGCUGCUCUCUCACGCCUCCAACCCAUGCCAGCUCCAGCUNGCUUCAGCUCCCCACCUGCUGCUCCUCCUGUCGUACCCGUCCAAGCUUCUGCACCGACUGCGCCUGCAGAUCUCGCUGCCAUCAUGGCUGGUGCCACUCGAGGCUACCAGGGGCAACCUCCACAAGCACCGCCCGCAUCCUACGGCUACUCUGCCCCACCUCCUCAGCAGUCGUAUGGCCAGACAUAUCCACCACCUACACCAGUAGCAAGCAUGCCUCCAGCAUACCCGCCGCAAUAUCACGCCCCUGCUCCUUACCAACAAGCAGCACCCCAGCCUCCCGCUCCCUCGGCCCCUGGUUCAUUCCUGCCUGCACACAUCCUGAAUAAUCCACAGAUAUUGCCUAACGUGCUUCNNCAGUUGAUUCAAGGUUUGUCUCAAGAAGGAAUCCCACAAGAGCAAUGGGGAGCUGUCCUCAGUGCACUGUACCCACCCCCACAGCAGGGACCGCCUGCUCAAGAGCGGUACCCUGCUGGUCAUUACAGAGAAAGAUCUCUCCCUCCUCGCGAUCGCAAUCGAAGCCGCUCACCAGGACCCGCCCGCAACAGCAACAACAACAAUACUGGUCGUCGCGCAAGCCCUGUCUAUGGUACUUAUGAUGCUUCUCUUGCGCAAUCUGCCCAAGAUCAAGCUGCUUCUAACUCCGAUCGACGUGGGNGUAGAGGCCGUGGACGUGGCGGUCGCAACGACUAUCGCCAGCGUACUCCACCUUCCGCUCGCACACCUCAAGGAGAUGAGCCUCUUGUUCCUCGUAACAUCAACCCUAAAUGGACAGAUAUGGACAACACCAUUCCUCCUGGCCACAUCAAGGUUCUCAGCAGAACACUCUUUGUCGGUGGCGCCAAUGGCAAUGAAGCUGAACUACGCGCCAUCUUUGGUCGUUUUGGCCCCGUCCAAACAUGUAUUGCAAACGAGGACAAGCGCCAUGCUUUUGUGAAGAUGUGCAACCGCCAGGAUGCCGUUAACGCAAAGACCGCCAUGGAGACCACCAGAGAUCCUGACAUCCUGGCCAAGGCUCGCCAAACCAAAUGGGGCGUCGGCUUUGGUCCUCGCGAGUGCUGCGACUACAGCAACGGUAUCAGCGUCAUCCCCAUCGACACCUUGACCGAAGCCGACCACAAGUGGAUGCUGACUGCCGAGUACGGUGGUACUGGUGGCCGCCCCAUUGAAAGUGGUCUCGUUGUGGAAGAGCCCGAUAUUGAGAUAGGAGCCGGUGUCUCUUCCAAAGCUAUGAGCCGUCGUGUUGGUCCUGAUGGUGGCAGCCACCGCGGAGGCCGUCGUGGCGGACGUGGAGGCGGUCGCUUCAACCAGCAACAUGAAUCUCACCAUGCCCCUCGUCCCGAGCCCGUCACCAUUGCACCUCCCCCACCAGUGCCUGGCUUCGGCUUCCUCGUUCCUGGUAUGCCUCAGUUCCGUUAG